GAUUUUUCCCGUCUUUACCAAAGUUUUUAUGUGUCCUCCUCCUCCUCGCCCGUCUACUGCAGACUGAGUGAAGAUGGCGGCCAGUUCAGAGCGGAGUCCCCCUCCCUUCCCCGAGUCAGAGGAGCAGGAACUGGAGCCCGACUUAGAGGAGGAUGAGGAGGACAGCGAAGAAGGCGCGGAUAUUUUCACAGGCGGUGUGAGUACCGUGCGGGUGGCUGAGAGAGAGCCGUGCUGCUCUGGAGCAGGCCGGACACUCUCUGACUCUCCGAUGGAUCCUCCACUUCCUGUGAGCUCCAGUGAGCCUCCUAAAGACAUCUUCAGCGAACCCCCAGCAGAUUCCUUCAAGGACCCACUGAAUAAGACGAGUGCUGAACCAGAGAAGGCAGCGAGUGGAGGGCUUAGUAAAGUUCAGGCUGCUGUCCCUGUGAAAGAGGCUGCUGGUGAGGAGCCGGAUGAUCUGUUCAGUGAUCCUUUAGGCGAGUCUGGAGCUGCACCAGUGACUGAUGCAAAAAGUGCACCUUUACUGGACCUUGGUGAGCAACCACCAAAGAGCGAUGUCAUCAAGAAGAGUGCAGGGAAGGAUGACGCCAGUACGGAGGUCCUCAGCGCACCUCAAAAUGACGUCAUCAAAAAGUCUCAGAAGGACAUUUUUGAAGAGCCUCCGAAAGGUGCUGCUAAAGACCUGCCCACUGACGUUAAAGGUGGCACUGCACCUGGAAAGAAACCAGCAAGCGCUGACCUGUUUGGUGAUGAUGACGAUGAGGACUUGUUUAAGGAGCCCCUGGGAGCUGUGACUAAGAAACCACAAGGAUCGCUCUUCACCGAGGCAAAAUCGGAGUUAAAGGCAGCCCGACCUGAGCAGUCUAAUAAUGCUGCAGCUGAUCUUUUCACUGAGGAGGCCUUCACAGUCCCACCUGUUGCUGCUGCUUCUGCUCCCGCUGCAGCAAAAUCCAACGUGAACACCAGCUCAAAGACCAACGGAUUACACUCUGAUGAAGAAGAUCUGUUUGCAGAGGCUACGGUUGAGCUGUCUCUGGACAGCCCUCAUAAUGACCGAAGGAAGAGAGAAGCAGCAAAGCCCUCAGCGCCAGCUCCCUCUCUCUCGGCCUCAGCCAGCACCUCCAAACCUCAGCCUAAAACACUAGAAGAGCUGGAGGAGGAGGAGAAAGAGGACACAUUUGAUUUGAACAUUUCAGUCACAAACCCAGAGAAAGUUGGUGAUGGUAUGAACGCCUAUAUGGCCUACAAAGUCUCAACACAGACAUCGCUGUCCAUGUUCCGCAGUAAGCAGUUCACAGUGCGUAGGCGCUUCAGUGAUUUCCUUGGUCUGUAUGAGAAGCUCUCUGAGAAACACGCACAGAACGGAUAUAUUGUGCCCCCACCACCAGAGAAGAGCAUUCUGGGAAUGACGAAAGUGAAGGUUGGUAAAGAGGACCCCUCAUCAGCUGAGUUUGUUGAGAGGAGGAGAGCUGCUCUCGAAAGGUACCUCCAGAGAGUCGUGUCACAUCCGUCUCUGCUGCAGGACCCAGAUGUGAGAGAGUUUUUAGAGAAAGAGGAGUUACCCAGAGCAGUUAGUACACAAGCGCUGAGCGGAGCUGGAUUCCUGAAGAUGAUCAACAAGGCAACAGACGCAGUGAGCAAGAUGACGAUCAAAAUGAACGAAUCGGAUGUUUGGUUUGAGGAGAAGCUACAGGAGGUUGAGAGUGAGGAUCAGCAGCUAAAGAAGCUGCAUGCCAUGGUGGAGUCUCUUGUCAACCACAGGAAAGAGUUGUCCGUGAGCACAGCAGUGUUUGCUAAGAGUGUGGCGAUGUUGGGCAGCUCAGAGGAUAACACUGCACUCUCCAGAGCUCUGUCCCAGCUGGCUGAGGUGGAAGAUCGCAUCGAGCAGCUUCAUCAGGACCAGGCCUCUAACGACUUCUUCAUCUUUGCUGAGCUCCUUGCUGACUACGUACGCCUGCUAGGGGCUGUCAGGGCUUCCUUUGACCAGAGGAUGAAGGCGUGGCAGCGAUGGCAGGACGCUCAGAACAUGCUGCAGAAAAAGAGAGAGACCGAGGCUAAGCUACUGUGGGCCAACAAACCAGACAAACUACAGCAGGCCAAGGACGAAAUUGUUGAGUGGGAGGCCAAGGUCAGUCAAUACGAAAGAGAUUUUGAGAGGGUUUCUGCCACCGUACGCAAAGAGGUCAUCAGGUUUGAGAAAGAGAAAUCUCGGGAUUUCAAGAAGCAAAUUAUUCGCUAUCUGGAGUCUCUGCUACAAUCACAACAACAGCUGAUAAAGUACUGGGAGGCGUUUUUGCCGGAGGCGAAAGCAAUCGCAUGAGUGUGACCCCACAGAUACACACAUACACAGGCCUGCUUAAGACUGAGUCUGCCUUUUCUAUACACUUUACCUCUUGCCUAUAAACCAAGAGAAGAGAUGCGUUGCAAAGGGAAAGAGAGAAACAAUCGAUAGUUGUGGGUUUUUUUGUUUUUUAAUUAAUCACCAGAAACUUACAGCUCUUUACUCUAACAGUUGUAUUAAUAAUUGUAUAUUUUUCAUUUAACCUCCACCUAUAUUUUCGUAUUGACAAAGCUAUUGCUAGGGGAUGUACAUGCAUGGUGGUGGGGUGGGUGUUGUCUUCCUCAUGUGUAUGCAAAUUUAUUUUUGUUUUGGUUUUGUUUUUAUGUUAAUGUUCAGAGAUAGUAGGUGCCAUUAGUGUGAAUAGUAUUCACACCACACAGAGGGAGGCAUGUUGCACUCUUGAUAUUUGACUCAUCAGCAGUGCUAAUCGUUUACAGUAGGGGGCCCUCUCCUUCCACACAUGCACUUAACUAGGUUUCACUUCCAUUCUGUUUUCCCUGAUAUAUCUGGGUGUGUUCAAAACGCACAGAGGUUGGUCUUCUCCCUCUGUGCUACUCCACAUGCCUAGUGUUAUCCAGAAUCUGCUUUAAUGAGGGAGAAGUGUCAACGAGAGGGCGCUUGCUCACACUUUGAGGAACUGGGCCGCCUCAACAUUUAAGAAUGAUUCAGUGAAAUGAUUCCAAGGAGUGGGAGGUUACAUAUUAGGAAAUGUGUAGUUGCUUAAAAUGAAACUGCAAGUAAAGACAAGCCAAAACCGCUUUCUCAGAACAAGGUGGGUUCCAUCAGUUGCCUUGGAAUGGUGAGUGGAUGAUGAAAUGCUGCAUCACUCUUUUACUGGAUGUCACAUUUGUCAGCUAAUCAGAUAUAGAGUCCCACAAGAGUGACCAUGGAUUCUACGAGUUGCGUUUCUGUGCAUCGGUUUACCUUAAAGCCAAAAUGGAGUGGUUAAGAGAAAAGCAUCUACUAUAAUACCACUUUUGAGAGGCCCUCAUUUAGUUUUUCACUUUAGCAGUGCUCCGUUUUUUUCACUUAGUCCAGUACCUACAAUAUUACCUACAUUAUAAACCUGAAUAUCAACAUCUAAUGGCUUUUACCUGAUCAUGCAGGUGACAUUCCACACUUUGGAGGUACAGAGGUCAUAUUUGGGAACUAAUCAUGAUUCACACAGGCUGGACUUAAACUUCAUUUAUUAGUUAUGCAGUUAAACCUUCAAACUCUACAAAUGUUAUAGCUGUCAGUUUAACAAAGUACAUUUUGAAAGAGAAGUGUUGAGGUUGAAACAUGUUUAAGCACUUAAACUGCCAGCCAGUGAUUGACUGGAGUUCCCUGGUUGUUGCAUCUCCACAAUACUGUCUCUGCUUUGCGUUAAGCGUCAUAAAUCUUAUGGCCAUCAUUUGUGUAGUUUAUGCCAACAAACAAUUAUUGAAUUUUUUUUUUUAAACAUCACUUUUUCUUUCCCCAGAAAUGAUUUUGAUAAUCAUGGUAUUUGUUGUAUAUCUCUGUACCUGUAAUAAUCAAUAAUGGUGUUCGACAGUCAUCGGUUUCUCAGAUGCUGCUGAGCUUACAGCUGACCUUGUAUUUGAAGAUAAUUGUCUCCUUCCACCGGUUCAUAAAGUGGGUUGGGAUUUUUUUUCCUUGUUUCAGGCUUGUGUCUCCAGAUAGUAGUGUCAGGAAUGCAUGAGGGGACCCUUAUGGACCACAAUCUGAGGGUCCUUCUCAUGAGUCUGGCAUGAUAGUCCCUUUAACUGCCAUAAAUGAUCAGAAAGUGACAUUUUCUUUAUUAGACUGUAUUUUUUUAAUCUUCCAACCCAGCCAGUAGAUAUUGUUUAAGCGCACCUUCUGUUGGGCAACACAAUAAAAAUAGUUUUAAAGAUACUCUA